UAUGAUGCGAUGACCAGGGAUCUAAUAUCAUUCAGAGUGUCGUUUGUCCUGUAAACUAUUUUGUCUCGCGUUGCUAUUGAGGACAUUGGAGGAGCAGUGUGUGAGACCUGUUAGAACUUCUCUCUCUCUCUCUCUCUCUCUCUCUUUGGAGAUAUUUUCGUCUUGUUCUCAUGGAAUGUCUUUUUAAAUUGGAGCAAGUUGAUUCAUAAUAUGCAGCAGGUAUUUCUUUAGACAUUAGGAACCUUUGAAUGGAUUUAAUAGCGAUUCACUUGACGUGAAAAAGUGACUGAAACUUUGUGAAGGUGACAACUUCUUAUAUUUGAAUCUGAUUUUGGCGAGAACAUAGAUUCUAUCAACGGCGACAGAAGUAUGGAAGGAAAUACUAUAGAAUCACCCAGACUAGUAGAAGCACCGAUCUCUGCCUCGAUGAACCAAUCAGAAGAGAGCGCCCCUCCCAGUUUAAUCCGUUCCUCAGACAAACCCGAAGAAUCAAUGCAAGUACAAGGAGGAACAAGCUCCGUCAAGUCGAGGUUUGAAAGCGGAGACUUCCAAAAUUCCACCCCUGCCAGCGCCGCCACCAAGUCCAUCAAUAUAUACGACGCGCCUGCGGAGAAGGGCGUCGCAGAGAACACUCCCGUGCGGAAGGAGGACAUUUUCCAUGCGGACGAAGCGCAGGAGGAGGUGAAGACCUCAUCGGACGGGAUUGGGAAGUUCAAGAAUAUGUUUGAGGUGGGUGGAGUGACAAAUCUAGAGGCCAAGACCAGUCGCGACCCUGUCAACGUCAGAUCCCUCACCGAGUAUGAAAGCACCACCCAGGCUCACGUAGCGGAGAGCACGCCGGUCAUCAGGGACGAUGUCGUCAGGAGCUCGGAUACUUCGGAGGACCCUGGCAUUAAGCGAGGCCUCUCGAAAUCGCUCAGGAAUCGCUUCGAGACGGAGAGGAUUUCAAACAUUGAGGAGAAGCCGAGAGAAAAGAUUGAGAUCAGUAGGCCGGAAGAAAGGAGGGUUUACCAGCCUCCAGAGAAGCCGAAGCGUGAGGAUGUAGUCAAUGCAGAGACUACGGCUGAGGAUCCCGGGAUCAAGUCAGGACAAGCAAGGUCGCUCCGAAGUCUCUUCGAAAAGGGUAACGUCAGCAACGUGCAGGAGAAACCUCGAUCUGCUUUAGAACGUAGUCCUCGCUCUCUUGAAGACUACAAGAUUGAGGACCAGGUCUCCGAGAGCACACCAACAAGAAAAGAGGACGUGGUGAGCUCAUCGAUGACGUUGGACGAGCCGAUGAAGUCGGCCGAGAGCACGCGGUCGCUGAAGCAGAGAUGGGAGACCGGGCAGGUCGAGAGGGUUCCGGAGAAGCCAAAGCCGUCACUAGAGAGGACGCCGCAGUCAUUAGAUAGUUAUAGUAUGACGAUGGUGAUUUCUGAGAACACACCUGAAGAAAGAACUGAUAUUGUCAAGUCAUCGGCAAGCAGCGAUGACUAUCUGACGUCGAAAGGUGGCAGUGCAAGCUCUCUGAAGGCAAAAUGGGAGUCGGGUGAAGUUCAUAACGCUGACGUGAAAACCGAGAAGGUGGAGAGUAAACCGAAGCGUUUCUCUGGGUACUAUGAAGGGGAUGAACAAACGAAUGGUGUGGUGGAACACGAGAAUGGAAUCAUGGAAGAGAGAGAGGAGGAGCAGGAAGAGGAAGAAGAAGAGAGCAGCGUUGAUGCUUCGUGGGAAAUCAAGGCAGCAAGAGCAGCAGCCAUGGCUGAUAUAGAAGAUGAGUGACCAAUCAGAAGCUUCCAUUUUUCAAAUUAACCAAUCACCAUGCUUCAUGAACUCAUGUAUAAUACAAAAACAAAACAAAAAGCAAAAUGCUGAAAGUAUAACAGUGCUAUUGAUAUUAAUAAUAAUUAUUAUAAUUAAUGAUAAAUGUACAUUUUAUAUAUUAAUGGAAUAUUUUUCAAAAAGUUUAAACAUUUGUUUAGCAUGUUUGAUGCAAAAUUGCUUGUAUAAACCUAAAUCAUGAGUAAUUAGAUUGCUCAAAUUAUAUUAGCUUUUGUAUAUUGAAUGUUAUUAUACAUACAAUACGAUAGGUAAUAGCGGGCUUUCAUUGUGGGAGGUUGAUUUGUAUAACAUUUUUUACCCAGUUACUCAAACAUUUGAUACAUACAACAGAUUAUUCUUAUGUGGAGCCCAUUAAGCUAUGUUGGUAUUUUUUCUAAGUUUUGCGUCUCGUCUUACAAAGAGUAGGGAUUGAUCCAAUCAAACCCAACUGUAUGGAAAUCCAUCAUUGUCAUAAUUUCUCCUCCAGGAAAGUUGAACAAGGUUCUUUGGAAUCAAAGAGAAGGCACACUGAAUUGUGAAGACAACGAUGCUGUUAGAUGUUGAGGUUGCUGGCUUUCCAUAGUUGUGGUUAAUCGGAUCAAUCGCAACGCUUUGUAAGAUGAGGCACAGAUUGUCAGAUUUCUAUCUGCGAUGUUUUAAUCUUCGCCAUGUUCGUGAAUUUGAGCAUGUCACAGUCCUUUUGCCGUAAAUUUGAAGUCACUCCUUCAUGUCGAUUCUGAGAAUUGGUCGACGACAGGUGCCCAUUCCAUGAAAGCAUCAUUAUCUCCAGCUCUACACCAUCAUUAUGGAAAGCCAAGCUGGAUGUCUCGGUUUCGGCUUAAAUACAGAAAUUGCUAAUUGUUGAUUGGACAGAAUGCAGGCCCAUUUACUUUGCAAGCGAAAGACAUUUGUCUGUUUACAGACAACCAGGGCCUCCGAGAACAACAGCAUUCCAGUUACAAUAUCUACAAUCUACAAAUAUGAAUAAAAUAAGUUAAGUAAAUAAACAAAUAAAUGUAAAUAAAUAAAUAAAUCUAUGAAUUACAUGUAAUUUAUUAAUAAAUGAAUGAACUUUAAAAUCAAUCUAUCCAUAUAUAGAUAAGUUAAAAAAUAUUUAUACAAAUAAACAGAUGAAUAUAUGUUUAUAUAAAUAAAUAAACAAAUAAACAAACAAAUAAAUAAAUAAUUAAGUGAAAAUGAAAAAAUAUCGAUAAGAUAAAUAAACUAUUGUUCCUCUUGGCCUUCCAUAGAGAAGGCGACGAGUUGGAGUGUUGGUUCUUUCAUGUAACAGGCCUGGGGAGCGUUUCAUGAAAGGACUUGUCGGACGUUUUAUCCGACAAGUCCUGUUUUAUCCGACAGUUACUAUAUAGUA